AUGAAUUAAAGUUUGACUGUAAUGGAAAAGGUUGAACAAGAUAAGAUGGAGAAUCCGUAAGCGUGGAUUAAAGACAAUAUAUUGAAUUCACUUUCUGGGAAAUAGUGGAGAUAGAAUUACUUGCAAAGAUUGGGAAUAAAGCAAGUUUAAGAGAAGGAGAAUUCAACUAAGGAAUUUCAAUUAAACUAUGUAAUAAGAACGAAUGAGGAUGUUCGUAACAACUACAUCCAGAAACUUAUGAAUAAUAAAUUGAUGUAAUAAUAAAAGAAGCAUCAAACUUUGACCAUAUUUGAUUGGGAUGACACCUUGUUGUGCACCACCUUCUUAGGAGGAUAUGGCUUUGUUGAUUUACCCAUAGAUGUGUUGGAAUAAGCGCUAUUGUUAGAAAAAGCUUCUUAAGUAGGGGAUGUCUUUAUAAUUACAAAUGCUGCUUAGGGUUGGGUUGAAUAUAGUAGCAAAUUAUAUAUGAAUAAGGUGUUUUAAGUCAUCUUUGACAAAAAAAUUGUUGUUAUCUCUGCAAGACAUGGAUAUGAAGAAAUGUUUCCAGGGGAUUGUGGCAAAUGGAAGAUCGAGGCCUUUAAAGAUAUAAGAUCUAAGUAUGAAAAUGAUGUGUUCACCAAUCUAAUCUGUUUGGGGGAUUCAAACAUUGAAAUUGAUGCAGCCCACGUGUUAGCCAAGGAAUUCACUGUUGCAUUAAUAAAGACCAUCAAAUUCAGGGAGUGUCCAAAACCUGAAGAGUUGGUCAGGUAGUUAGAUUUAGUAUCUGAUAAAUUCGAGUAAAUUUAUACUACUUUCAAGAGUUUAACCAUACGGUUAGAGAAGAAAUCUUCUGGUAGUUGAUGGAUUUUAUUUU